AUGGAGAAGAGAGACGAGCUGGGAAAGCAGAGGCCUGAGACUAGCGCUUUCAAAGGCCCCGAGAAAGAUUCUGACGAAGUGAUGGAUGGCGAAGACGAAGACAUGGACGACGGAUCCGCGCCUGCUGGGGAAACCUCCGGAAUCGACGCAGCAGACUCGACUGCGUCGGGCACCGGUUCUCAGGUAGCUGUUGAGGAUACAAACAUGGAAGCCUGUGCUGCCACCAGUCAUGACGGCGAGGAUGACGAGAACGACAAGGAUGACGACACAGACUCCGUAAGCUCUAAUCUGAGCAUCUCUUCUCGUUACAAAAUGCAUCAUGGUACAGACCCAACCGAUGACAUGUACAGAUACUACGAAGAAACAUCUUAUGAUCCAAGACUGCUAGCCUUGAAAGACAUCAAAUGGCUCGACCGAUGCCGAACUCUCGGCUACAAUGCACAAGCCCCAGACGUCACGAAGGCCUUCAUUUCCGGGCUCGGAAGAUACGUCGACUACGGUAGUUUCGAGAUUGUGAAGGCCGGGAAUGAUCCUAACGACAUCGGGGCUGAUGAGUACGACUGCUAUACUGCCGGAGGCGGUGAUGUUGAUGACCCCACUUUCCCAUUCCAUGAAGCCUGCUACAGAGUGCUUGCCAAAUAUUUGGAAUGCAGCGACUCGAAGGAGAUUGACAAAGAUGUUCUCUACGGCGUUGUGCGUCAGUGUGGCGAGGAUUGGGGCGGCAAUCUCAAUCUGGACUAUGGUGGCGUUCAAGCGGAGCAAUUCUGGGAUUGUCAACCAGGGGAAGAGUAUCUUGUAUGCAGUCCCGAUCAAGACUCCGAACUGCAGCGCAUUCUUCCCAGCCUGUUACCGGACGAACUCCUCUCAACAUCAGCAUCACCCGACCUCUCGCACAAAGUUCAACACGAUCCACUUGGCGUUCUACACUUCGACAUACUUUGCGGCAUCUGUCAAUGUCUGCCAAUUGAAGAUACUCUUAAGCUCAUGCAAGCAUCGUAUCAUGUUUCCAGCCUUACCCGCAACCGGACCUUCUGGAGACAAAUGACGCGCUUGCACCUCGCACCAUGGCUCUGGGAAACUAAGAACAUUGCUUGUAAUCGCGACCCGUACCCUGACUUCGACCACAAGGGCCUGUUUCUGUGGCUUGACAAGGUCACAAGACCUACGUUUGGCAUGGAAGGACCGUUUAUGGGCAUCGCGAACCGUAGGCGCAUCUGGAACGUUUGCGAACAGCUCGCUCCAGUGUAUAACCUCAGAGUCAACCGCGCAAGGCGAGAAGAACCAGAUGACGAGGACGCGCAAGUGGUGCUCGACACCGCAGUGAGCUUGCAUAUGCCAAUGACUAUGUACCCGCAGCCUGCAGAUGCCCAAACCAUCUCAGCUCAAUUCGUCCGCUCUUGGGAUGAGAUCGAGAACCAGCCAUCAGAUGAAACCUAG